CUUUGUUUGGUGAGUUGUAUCUCUGUUUGAAGUUCUAUAAUCAACCCUAAUUUGCUUCCUCUAUGUUUAAUGUACAGAUUUUGAAGCAUGAUUGGCCAGCAAGAUGGCAAAGCUUUAUUCCUGAUCUUGUUUCAGCUGCUAAAACUAGUGAAACAAUUUGUGAGAAUUGCAUGGCUAUAUUGAAGCUUCUAAGUGAAGAGGUGUUUGAUUUCUCAAGAGGAGAGAUGACUCAAAGUAAGAUAAAGGAGCUUGAACAAUCAUUGAACAGUGAAUUUCAACUCAUUCAUGAGCUAUGCUUAUAUGUACUAUCAGCCUCUCAAAGAACUGAGCUUAUACGUGCAACACUCUCCACAUUGCACGCAUUUCUCUCAUGGAUUCCCUUGGGAUAUAUAUUUGAGUCUCCAUUGGUAUGUGCUUUGCUUGAUAGAUGGUUGUUGUAUUGCCUUUGA